AGUAUACAGCUGCAGAUGAUCCUAGGGACAUUCUCUGUAACUGCUUCUCACUAUAAUUAGUGAUGGAGACAUCCGCCUUGAAUCUGGCACAUGAAAAGCAGAGGAGAGCAGAAGCGCUGUUGCGAGAGGGAAAGUUUGAGGAAGCAGCCAAGUGUCACGAGAUUGUGGCUGAUCUUCUAACAGAGGCUCAUGCACAACUUGAGUCCAGUCUCAUUCAUGUACGUGCGUCCACUUUAUCUCCUCAAAACACAUCGAAAUUUUUGACACCGACUCACUCGCUCGUCACGUUGGAAUCCCUCAAUCUACAACGAGACUAUCACAAGAGACAGGCAGCUGUUGUCAGAAUGAAACAAGCGCAAUACGAAGAAUACAAGACAACAUUAGAGAAUCAUCAGAAAGAUCUUCUCAACAAGCAUGCAGCGAGAUACAGCGAGAGAGAUAAUGCGGACCUAAGAAUUGACAAGUUCGAUGGUUCUUUACGUCAAGCUAUAUACAAAACUAUCGAUGAGCAAGACAGUCUUCUGACUUUGAUAGAUAUCAAGCUACCACCUAGUGCUGAAGAGAAAAGUUUCAAACAUCCAAAAGACACAGGUACCGUUAUAGAAGAGCUCAAAACUGUUAAUAGCCAAUUGCGAUCGCUUGUAGGGAGCUUACUCAGUCAGCUAGAGGCAAAGGAGGAAGAAGUGCGUCAACUGACAGAGCGUCUCUAUGCGAUGUCUGUCAAUUCUAAUGACGGUAUCAGAGCCGAAGAACACCCUCUGUGUCUUGAUCCUUUACCUCCGUUGACACCUCUGGAAAUGCCACUUUUCGAUUUCUCAUCUUCAUAAAACACAAGUUAUCUAAGAUACGCUUCGGAAAUAUUUGCGAAAGAACUUUAAAGUGAAAUUAAUAUUAACCAAUUAUAUGACUAGUAUGACUAGUACUGAAAGUAUCAUAUUUUCAAAUAUUACUAUAUUGGAGUGUAUGCAAUUGUAAAUUUUAUAUAAACAGUAUAUAGCAAAAUGCAACGUGUAUUUUUUAUGUUGUAAAUUUUGACGUAAAGGGUGUUCGUGCAAAAAAAAUAUGUAUAUACAUAUAUGUAUCUAUAUAUAUUUUUUGUUGUGAUCCUUUUAAAUAUAUGCUGAAGAUCUGUUCAAAAGUUCGGCUGUGUAUUGAAUCAGCUGUAUGGAGUUAAUAGUUCUGAAAAAAUCAAUAAUAAUAAGCGAAGAUUCCUCAGAUCAUGAGCGGUCGAUUUGUAAAUAGAAGUUCCGAGCAAGCCGAGUAUUAUGGGCGGUUGUUUGGUUCUGAGAUUGUAAUCUUCUGUGAUCUAUUAUUAUGCAAAUAAAGCUUAAGUUUCAGUUCCAA